CGGAUUUGUCAGAUGUCGCUGAAGCGGAUGGGCCCCGGCGACGAGCCAACGAUAUAAAUGAAGCAAGUCCGCCCUCGCUUCACUGUUUCACUUCCUUUUUACCUGGAGUCUGAUCAUCCGAAAUUGAACAACACGCUGCGCGCCCCUGAAUUGCGUAAUGGCUCCUGUUAGAAAUGGACGCGUUCUGUUCAACGAAAUCCCUACCGGCUACCCCGAUCCAUCCAGGACGACGGUUUAUGAUCAAUCCCAAACCAUCGACCUCGAUAACGAACCCCUCGAGGGUGGUUUCCUCGUCAAGAUUCUUGUGCUCUCCAUCGAUCCGUAUAUGAGAGGCAGGAUGCGUGACCCUAGCAUCGAGAGUUAUUCACCCGCGUAUCCCACAGGACAGCCAUUGAACAACUAUGGCGUCGGUGUGGUGUUACGCUCUGCGAAUCCGUCUUUCAAGCCCGGCGACCACCUCUACGGUUUUUACCCCUUCCAAGAGUACUUUGUUGCCAAGGAUGCGAAAGGCUUCAGCGUGCUGGAGAAUAAGGAGAAGCUUCCGUGGUCGGCAUAUGUUGGCGUCUUGGGGAUGCCAGGUCAAACCGCCCAUCACGGAUGGAAGGAACUUGCCCAUCCGAAGAAGGGAGAUGUUGUGUUCGUCACUUCUGGAGCAGGUCCCGUCGGAGCUACCGUAAUUCAGCUUGCGAAAGCUGAGGGACUCAAAGUCAUCGCAUCUGCCGGAUCUGAGGACAAGGUUGACUUCAUCCGUUCGAUCGGCGCAGAUGUCGCGUUCAACUACAAAAUGACGAAGGCGCUCGAUGUGCUCCAGAAGAACGGUCCAAUCAACAUCUACUGGGACAAUGUGGGCGGUGAGACGCUCGAAGCGGCACUCGAAGCUGCUGCCGUUGGCGCUCGCUUCAUUGAAUGCGGUAUGAUCUCGACUUAUAACGGCGGCGAGCCUUACUGCGUCAAGAACCUCGUCAACAUCGUCGGCAAGCAGCUGCGGAUCUCCGGAUUCAUUGUUGAUAACCUACACGAGAAAUGGCUCGCGGACUUUUACAAGGAGAUUCCUCCCAAAGUCGCGAGCGGCGAGUUCAAGCAUAAAGAAGACAUCAGCAAGGGCCUCGGGUCGGCUGGUCAGGCGAUCCUGGACGUGUUGACGGGGAAAAAUAAGGGCAAGAAGGUUAUCUUGGUGGCCGAGGAGUGA